CUAUAUCUUGAGACUUACGUCUCGUCCUAAAGCUACAAGGUUUUUACACCUUUGUGCGCCUACAGUUUUGGUAAAUUCUACACCAACAAAACAGUGACACCGGAGCGAACGCCAUCUCUAUCUCUUCUCCCGCUAUUUGUUUCCUCUCUCUCUCUCUCAUGCAACACACACAGAGAGUGACAAGUGAACAAUCACACCAUGCCGGCCACCAUUUUUAGGUCUCCGAAACUCCCUCUUCCCCUUCCUCCUCCUGAACCAACCACCUCAAAUCUCCCAUCUCUCAACCACAGUUUCUUCAAUCCGUUACCUAAACGACGUCGUUGUAUCUCGAUCUACGCAUGUACCGCCGGUGACCAAAGUAACAGUGCAUUUGGAGGUGAAAUGAAGAAAGGACAAGCGAUUGAGCUUAACAAAGUCAAUGAUGAGAAUCCUUAUGAAUUUAAUGCUAAAGAUUCACCUAAUCCCUUGCCAAGGCCAUUAACUUCGGCUGAUUUGAGCAAUAUGGCCUCUGAAGGUUCUCGUCUUCGGGUUGCUUAUCAGGGUGUGCGUGGUGCUUAUAGUGAAUCAGCUGCAGAGAAAGCAUACCUCAACUGUGAAGCAGUUCCGUGUGAACAAUUUGAUACUGCUUUUGAAGCUGUUGAAAGGUGGCUUGUUGAUAGAGCAGUUUUACCAAUAGAAAACUCUUUAGGGGGGAGUAUCCACAGGAAUUAUGACCUUUUGCUGAGACACCGUUUACAUAUAGUUGGAGAAGUCAAACUAGCAAUUCGACACUGUUUGCUGGCUAACAAUGGCGUCAAAAUUGAAGACCUGAAAAGAGUUCUCAGCCAUCCGCAGGCUCUUGCUCAGUGUGAGAACACAUUGACAAAGUUGGGAUUGGUCAGAGAAGCUGUAGAUGAUACUGCUGGUGCAGCCAAGUAUAUUGCUUUCAAUAAACUCAAAGAUGCAGGAGCAGUUGCAAGUUUGGCUGCGUCUAGGAUCUACGGUUUGAAUGUGCUGGCACAAGAUAUUCAGGAUGAUUCUGAUAACGUCACCCGCUUCCUUAUGUUGGCUAGGGAGCCCAUUAUUCCUCGUACUGAUAAACCAUUCAAGACUAGUGUAGUCUUUUCACUUGAUGAAGGUCCUGGGGUGCUUUUCAAGGCACUUGCUGUUUUUGCCAUGAGAAAUAUUAACCUUACCAAGAUUGAGAGUCGUCCGCUGCAAAAGCAGGCUUUGCGGGUGCUUGAUGAUAGUGUAGAUGGAUUUCCAAAGGACAAAUUCGAAUUACUCCAAGUGGGAGUUCUCAAAUCGAGCAAAGAAACAAUGUAGAAGAGCACAUCGGCGUAUGACAUGUUUCCGAGGGCGUGAAAUCAUACGGAUUGGUGUUCCAAGGGCGGCACAAAAUCUGUUAAGGAAUAAAAGGGUUAUUCGAAGGGAAAGAGAGAAGAAUUUUAAAGAGUUUAAGUCUUUGAAGAUGUCCCCUAAUAUUUCAGCCCGUGAUCGAAGGGAAAGAGAGAAGAAUUUCAAAGAGUCUUAAGUCUUUGAAGAUGUCCCAUAAUAUUUCAACCCGUGAUUUUAUUCAAUUUUUUGAAUUGAAAUGGGUUGAAUCUAUGAUCGCCAACAUCCCACACGGGACAUCUAUGCUCCCCUCUUCACAUGUCCAAACCAUCUCAGCCUUGUUUUCGCAUCUUGUCUACCAUGACGGUUUCUCCCACCUUGCCUCAUAUAAUCUUCGUUGCUAAUCUUGUCUUUUUUAGUAUGCCCGCACAUCCAUUUAAGCCUCCUCAUUUCUGCCUCCUUGAUCUUUUGAAUAUGCAAGUUCUUGACUGACCAACACUCUACCUCGUACAACAUAGUCGGUCUAACACUGUAUAGAACUUAUCUAUAAGUCUCGGGGAUCCAUUCUUAUCACAUAGGACAUUCGAUGCAUGCCUCCAUUUCAUCCACUCUACUUCAAUACGAUGUGCGACAUCCUCAUCGAUCUCCCCAUUUUUUGGAUUAUAGACCCAAGGUACUUGAAGCUUCCUUUCUCGAGGAUGAGUUGUAUAUCAAUCCUCACUUCCCCAUCAGCCUCUUGUGAUGCGACACUGAACUUCCACUCCAUGUACUCUAUUCUAGUCCUGCUCAGCAUUAAGCCCUUAGAAUCUAGAGCCUAUCUCCAUAUCUCCCGUCUAUUGUUAACUCCGCCACGUGUCUCAUCAAUCAAUGCUAUGUUGUCUGCGAUAACAUACACCAUGGUACAUCCUCUUGAAUAUGCCGUGUCAAUUCAUUCUUCACCAAGGAAAAUAAAAACGGGCUGAGAGUUGAUCCUUGGUGCAGCCCAAUCUCUAGAGUCUAGUGAAAAGCGUUCUGAGUCUCCUACGACUGUCCUCACAUAUUGUAUAAGUGCAUUCUUCUUACUAAGUAUCAUCUUAUACUCAGAAAAACAGUUUGUCCUAAUG